AUGGUCUCGGCUUUCGACUCGUUUCCAGUCGUCGUGAAGCAUACUGAAGAUUCUAGUCAGCUAUCUUCGCUUUCCGAUUACGAUGUGAUUGCACUUGGUCAUAAUACUGGCGAAUAUCUGACUGAAGACGAGUCUAUUUUUCUAAGAGAUUUUGUUGAGAAUGGUGGUGGUGUUGUCGGCAUUCACGCCGCCACGUCCGGCAUGAAGAAUGAUGUGAGAUACACCAAGAUCCUUGGUGAAGUUUUCAAUGGCCAUCCUCCACCGCAAUGGAUAGCACUUGAGGUCGAGAACCCCAAACAUUACAUCAACGACUACAAAUCUCUCCCUGGAAUGGACUCUGCGCCAUAUUUGGCCCCUACAUGCCCAAUUAGCCUAAAGCCUGGAGCGGAGAAGCAAUUUCUAUGGUUUGAUGAACUAUACAGCUUCAGGUCUCACCCACGCCUUGCGGAGGGACGAACUGUACUACUCUCUGCUCGGGACAAAGACGACUUGACAACCGAGUCCGCUGGGUUUCCUCUAUCGUGGUGCCAAACUGUUGGGGCUGGGAGAGUCUAUUAUACCGCUCUGGGUCACUUUGAUCAGGCAUAUCAGGAUUCGUGGUUUUUGGGGAAUCUACGCCGGGGUAUCAUUUGGGCUGCUAAAAGAGACACAUAG